AUGGUUUCGCUGAGUGUCUCCGAACUCGCGGGAUGGAUUCGAAGCGAUGGGGGGUGCGAUUGCGGGUCACCGUCAGACGGCCCAGGGAGUGUAGCCUCAUGUCUUGGGGAGGCAUCCAAAGCUUCAGACUCUGAGACUCACUGGAAGGCCUGGGGUGAACCCCGAGAUAAGACCCCGCGGAUCUCCCGCGCCAAUCAUGACGAAUAUCGCGGGUUCGGAGAACCUGCGGGCCAGAUGGUGGGAUGGAAUGAGAGUGGUGAAGUGAAAAUGAGGCGGAGAAUUGUUACUGAUUAUCGUCAGGUCGCAAAAAGGGAAGGCCGCUCUGUUCUGCGAGGUUCAGACUCGGAGGUGGAUGUCGGUUUUUGUGAUCCAUUCCAUCUCGAAAGAGUGGUACUUGCAGUUCCGGUGCACGAUAGGAACGACCAGCGGGAGCGGAACCAAGCCAAACGACGCAUUGUUACAAUUUGGGCCGCACAGAUGUGGCAGAAAGAAGAUCGAUUGUAUCAAAGCGUGCCAUCAGGGUCGGGAAGUGUGGCGGUGAGACGCCGCGAAACGUCGUGA